AUGCAGCUUGAACGCAGAAACGAUGUGUUCAAAUACAAUGGCAACACUGUCAACGGCCGCACCGCAGACAUUGGCUUGACCACCCAUGGCUCCAACUUCUACUUUGCCAUCUGUGCUGUCAUGACUGUGGCGGGCUUCGUCUUCGCAGCCAUGUCGUACCGUGUUGAGCGCCGCAACCGACUCUUCCACUACAUCACCAGUGGUGUCGUCUUUGUUGCAGCCAUUGCCUACUUCACCAUGGGCGCCAAUCUCGGAUUCACGCCUAUCGAGGUCGAGUUCCGCCGCAGCGACCCAGUCGUUCGUGGUACCUACCGCGCCGUCUACUAUGCUCGUUAUGUGGACUGGUUCAUCACUACGCCUCUGCUUCUCAUGGACUUGCUGCUUACCGCCGGUAUGCCAUGGCCCACCAUUCUCUGGGUCAUCCUCGUCGAUGAAAUCAUGAUCGUGACUGGCUUGAUGGGCGCUCUCAUUCAGAGUAUCUACAAGUGGCCAUUCUUUGUCUUUGGCUGCGUCGCUCUCUUCUAUAUUGUCUUCCAGCUCACCUGGGAAGCUCGCAUUCACUCCAAGACCUUCGGCCGCGACGUCGAGCGCACCUUUUUGAUGUGUGGCUCUCUCACCGCAUUCCUCUGGAUCCUGUACCCAAUUGCCUGGGGUCUCAGCGAGGGCGGCAACGUCAUCGCCCCCGAUAGCGAAGCCGUCUUCUACGGCGUCCUCGACUUCCUCGCCAAGCCCGUCUUCGGUGCCCUCCUCCUCUGGGGCCACCGCAACAUCGACCCAGCUCGCCUCGGCCUCCAGAUCCGCGACUACAACGACGACACUAUGCUCCAGGAGAAGCGCGCCAAGGACGCUGCUGCCCACAAUGGUCAGAAUGUUGUUAACCCGCCUCACGACGGCCCGGCGCCUGCUACUACUACCGUUUAA